AUUUUUUAAUUUUGUUGAAAAUGUCGAAAAGUAGCAAUCGUUCCCAUUCGCGAAAUCAAAAUGGAUGCAUCGAAGUGAAAAGCAAGUUGGAUGCCGAAUUUCGAAGAUUCACCUUGACCCCCAGCGACACGGCCAGCUUUGAUGACUUCUACAAACUUCUUGAAUCUCUGCACCACCUCAGAAAUCUCUCCUUCAGCAUUUGGUACACAGAUCAUGAAGGGGACCUGCUACCGAUAAACAACAAUGACAACUACGCCUGUGCCUUGAAAACAGCAAGAAGGAUAUUGCGCCUGACUAUUCUAAAAAAUGGCCAAUCGUUUGAUGCUACCUUGCACAAGAGAGGGGCCAGUGGAGGGCUGAUCAGCAGCAGUUCCAUCGCAUCAACACUUGGACUUUCUGGCAGCAGAUACAGAAAGCCAAACCCAAAUCAGCCUCAAAUUGGUUUUCCAGAAGACUUUCGAAGAGUUUCUGCCAUCAUUGACAUCGACAUCGUUCCUGAAACGUGCAGACGUGUGAAGUUGAUGAAGAGUGCAGGCUCAGAUAAGCCGCUGGGUUUCUACAUCAGAGAUGGCGCCAGCAUCAGGAUCACGUUGGACGGGCUAGAGAAGGUGCCUGGCAUCUUCAUUUCGAGGAUGGUGUUGGGAGGUCUUGCGGAGAGCACAGGAUUGUUGGCUGUCAAUGAUGAGAUCUUGGAGGUGAAUGGGAUAGAGGUGCAGGGCAAGACAUUGGAUCAGGUGACGGACAUGAUGGUGGCCAACAGUAGCAACCUAAUCAUCACCGUCAAACCCGUCAACCAGCACAACAACAUUUCCCCUCGUCGCCACGGUCACUUCAACAAUGUCACCACCUCGCCGACCCACAUCCAGAGGACUGUAGUUGAGGAGGAGGAGAACGAUGAUGACGUCAGUGGUGAUGAGGAGGAUGAUGGUUGUGGCAGCAGCAUCCCGGACAACAAGCAGACGAGCAGUAAGACCAACAGUCUGGAUGGCAAGUGUGAGUCAGUCAGUGUUGAGGGCGGUCUCAUUGAAUAUGAGGAAUUCGACUCCAUGCUCCUAAAUUCGCCCCAACACAAAAAUGGAUCCAAACAUAAAUUCGAUCAGCAACAGAAACCACAACAACAUCGUCAACAACAAAAUAAGCUGUCCACAAAUGGGAGUAACAACAAUUCCAAAGUAACAACAAAAACGCUCUCCAAUGGGGUGCAAGUGCUGGAACUAUGAGAUGCCUGAUUGGACGACAGGCACCAUUGAUUGGAUGAUGGACAUCACUGAUUGGUCGAUGGACACUUUCGAUGGGAUGAUUGGUCAUUAAUCAUGUUCUUGAUUGGAUUAUAUAUUUGACUGGCAUGCUUGAUUGGACGGGCUGUCAUCUUUAAAAUGGAAGGAAAUCGAAUAUGAAAGCAGUGCUAAUUUAUUAUUGGUUAAUUUGUUGUUAAGGGUAUCUACUUCACUUAUGUUAUUUGUGACUGUUGAUGGCAUAUGAUGGGAUGGUGAUGACAAAACUUGUUAUGUGUAAUACUUUUCAUUUUAUCUGUUUUUCAAUUUCUUCCAUGGCAUAACUUCAUCUAUCUAUCUAUCUAUCUAUGUAAGUGUCUAUCUAUCUAUCCAGCUGUCUAUCUAUCUAUCUAUAUAUAUAUAUAUAUAUAUAUAUAUAUAUAUAUAUAUAUAUAUAUAUAUAUAUAUAUAUAUAUAUAUAUAUAUAUAUAUAUAUCUGUUCAUUAAUUCAGUCAGUCAUUUAUUCAUUCACUCACUCAUUUAUUUAUUCACGUGUUUAAAGUUUGUCUCACAGUGGUUUUCACUCCUUUAAUUAAGUUUAACUAGCAGUUAGCCAGCAAGCUGUUUAUGGAUUGUUAGUUGUUCCGUAAGAUUCAUGUGUAUGCCCUCCAUCAAAUGAAAUAUCAGUUUUAUUUUAUUCUUUUUUGGAAUAUAAUUAAUAAUACAAGACUAAUUACUUCAUUUUAUAAAGCCUUUUAAUUAAUAACAUUUUGUUAA